AUGGGUCUGAUCGAUAAGCUUCAAGCAAAGCUCGAGCUCUACCGUCUCGAACAGCGUUACGCCCGCCGCAAGCACCGCAGCACUUUCUCCACCGGAGCGCAAUAUGUUGAUGGCGAGUAUGUUUACUCCAACGGCACCAAUUCACCGACCGGCAGCACCGUCUCCAAACACUCAACAGGGAGCUGGCGACCAUCCGGAUGGGGCUCAAACGAUUCACGCUUGCGGUGA